UGUGUGUGUGUGUGUGUGUGUGUGUGUGUGUGUGUGUGUUUACAUUCCAGGGUCAAAUGUAGAUGCUUUGUUUUUCUAACUAGGUGUUCGCUUUGUGUUACACACGUUCCUUCCUUUUUCCAGUGUCAUGGUUAGGAUGGUUUAAGCAAUCUCCAACAUCCCAAAGGACUGGGUGCCCAGCGUUCAGUUUUAGGUUAAUGUUUUGGAUGUAAAGAGACAUUUUCAUAUGAAACUGGCAGGGUUUUAUGGGCUAGUCUUAAAGCAAAUUUAAUUUAUAAUGUUCCUUUGCUCUAACACCAGCCUCAGUUGUAAUCUCCAAAACUUGGGAGUCUGGUGAGGUUACUUUGUUCCCUUCCUAGCUCCUUUCUGGCCCCUCACUCACCUCCUAGUGACCUUUUACCCGAGCACUUAGCUGUGCUUGCUUCUGUUUAUGUCCCCAGAAUACUCUGUAUUCCAAAAUUGCCUGUCUUCCCUCCAUCCCCUUAAAAAUCUUAACUCCAACUGAUACAAUAUUGGUAUAAAGAGAAAGUUAUUUGCAUUGAAUUUAAUUUAUAUGAAGAUAUGAAUUCCCCGCCCCGUUUACCAUUUAGUGCCUGAGGAAUUUAAGGUCCUGGUAUGAAAUAAGUUUCUGAAUUCAGUUGUGAGGGCUUUGUAGCCAUUCUAGGGAAUUGGAACUUCAGGCAAGGCCAGCCUUCAGGAGUCUUUAAGCUUCGCCACAAUCAGACACUUGUCACAGCAAGUGUCUGUAGUGGAAAUGUGAAGAAUGGAACCUUUGGUAUCAUCAGAGCCCAGUGAGUGAUGAGCCUCAGAUCGUCCCUGAUGUCCCCAUUGUUCGCUCACUGGCCCUCCCACCCCGUUAGCUGCUUCCUGAAGUCAGUAUUCUCAUAGUCUUAACCAUCAUGUUUUACUUGUACAUGUCUGUCCUACCACAGGAAUGUGUACUGCCAGAGAAAAGGCAGCCGGUCACCUCACUCGUCUGCACCAGCCCCUCUCAAGAUACAUGGUCUGUAGCAGUGCAGGAACUUCAGGAAAGGAAGGGGGGACGGAAGUAAAGAAACAACAUGAAAUAGCAACAAUUCAGGCAGACUGUGGGAAGAUAUUUGUGAGCAAGGAUCAAGUGAUAAACCCAAGCGAUGGAGGGAUUACUGCAUUACAUCAACCCAGCGCACGCCAUUUCUCUCCUAAGUGCCCUCAAUGAGGAGCGCCUCAAAGGACAGCUGUGUGAUGUGCUUCUGAUUGUCGGAGACCAGAAAUUUCGAGCUCAUAAAAAUGUCUUGGCUGCCAGCAGUGAAUAUUUCCAGAGUUUAUUCACAAAUAAGGAAAAUGAGUCACAAACUGUAUUUCAGCUUGAUUUCUGCGAACCAGAUGCUUUUGAUAAUGUUUUGAAUUACAUUUAUUCUUCAUCUUUGUUUGUUGAGAAAAGCAGCCUCGCUGCUGUGCAGGAACUAGGCUACAGUCUUGGGAUUUCCUUCCUGACUAACAUCGUUUCUAAAACACCUCAAGCCCCCUUUCCAAUGUGUCCCAACAGAAAAAAAGUAUUCAUAGACGAUGAAGAAAACAGUUCUCAAAAGAGAAGCGUCAUUGUUUGUCAGAGCAGAAAUGAAGCACAGGGGAGAACUGUCACUGCAAACCUGCCUGACCUGAGCCAUAGUUCCCGGCCCUCACCUGGCGUGGCGCUCAAGACCAACACCAGUAAGCCUCAUGUUCCAGCACCAGUUGAGCCACUUCACUGUUUGUCAUUAACAGAAAAGAAUUGGCCCAAAGAUGGUCCUGUGGGCUAUGCAAAGGCCCUUGAGCAUUCUGGAUCUCUGGAAGACUCUGACAGAAGCACCCUGGUGAAGAGGAACACGGUGCUGCCUUCCAAGCCCCCACAAGAUUUAGAGGCUGUGGGUGGGAGGGCAGGGCUCAGCGGCCAGCUUCCCAAGGGAAAAGUCAUGGAGCUGGCCUUGAAAAGACCACGGCCACCCGUUUUAUCUCUUCGAAGCUCAUCAGAGACUCCCUAUGUACUGAAAGAAACUAACAAAGGAAGUGGUCCAGGCGAGGACAGAAACUUGUUGUACUACUCCAGGUUGGGGCUGGUAAUCCCAUCCAGCGGAGCCGUCUCUGGAAGCCAGAGUGUGGACAGAAGUGGCCCUCUUGUUAAGAGCCUCCUCCGACGAUCAUUGUCAAUGGACAGCCAGGUUCCUGUCUACUCACCCUCAAUAGAUGUGAAGCCUAACCAGGGGUCGUCCUCAGUGUCAAGCAAUGCACCAGGGAAUGUGUUCUGUGCUUUAUCUCAAAAGUCAUCUUCAAAAGACUGUGGUGAAAGGUUAGCCCUGGAUGACCGGCCCCCAGCCCUGCAGCCGCACCGCCUCAGGUCCUUCAGUGCUUCUCAGUCCACGGAGAGGGAGGGUGCCACCCCAGUGACCAAGGUUCAGAUCAAGAUGGAACCCCGCAGCCCACUGUCUGAGCCCUUGGACAUCAUCCGAGUCACCGUGGGAGACACGGCAGGGGCCUCAUCUGUCGCGAGAGACCUUUCUCUGAAAACAGAAGACGACCAAAAAGACAUGAGCAGACUCCCAGCAAAAAGGAGGUUCCAGGCUGACCGAAGACUGCCGCUGAAGAAGCUAAAGGCGGAUGAGCAUGGGUCUCCGGGGUCAGAAGAUAAUUUUGAGGAAGGUUCAAGCCCUACUCCCCUCGAUGCAGAUUUUCCAGAUUCUGACUUGAAUAAAGAUGAAUUUGGUGAGUUGGAGGGAACAAGACCAAACAAAAAAUUUAAAUGCAAACAUUGCCUUAAGAUCUUUAGAUCAACAGCAGGCCUUCACCGGCACAUUAACAUGUACCAUAACCCAGAAAAGCCCUAUGCUUGUGACAUCUGUCACAAGCGGUUUCACACAAACUUCAAAGUGUGGACACACUGUCAGACCCAGCACGGCAUAGUAAAGAACCCGUCACCAGCCUCUAGCUCACAUGCCGUUUUGGAUGAAAAAUUCCAAAGAAAGCUGAUUGACAUAGUGAGAGAGAGAGAGAUUAAGAAGGCCCUGAUCAUUAAGUUAAGGCGCAGCAAGCCUAGUUUUCAGGGGCAGAGCAGUUCCCAAGCACAAGCCAUCAAGAGGAACUUGAGAUCGCGAGCCAAGGGAGCAUACAUUUGUACUUACUGUGGAAGAGCCUAUCGCUUUCUCUCUCAGUUCAAACAGCACAUAAAAAUGCACCCGGGAGAGAAACCCAUUGGAGUGAAUAGAGUUGCUAAGCCUAAAGAGCAUGUGCCUCUUGUGAGUCCGGUAGCAAACAAGGAGGUUUUCCAGUGCCGCCUCUGUAAUGCUAAGCUCUCUUCUCUUCUAGAGCAAGGAAACCACGAGCGACUAUGCAGGAACGCAACCGUUUGCCCUUACUGCAGCCUUAGGUUUUUCUCGCCCGAGCUAAAGCAUGAACACGAGAGUAAGUGUGAAUAUAAGAAGCUGACCUGUCUCGAGUGCAUGCGCACCUUCAAGUCCUCCUUCAGCAUUUGGCGGCACCAGGUUGAAGUACAUAAUCAGAACACCAUGGCGCCAUCCGAAAACUUUUCUCUACCCGUUCUGGACCACAAUGGGGAAGUAACUGGUACCUCUAGGCCCCAGGCACAGCCCGAGCCUAAUAAAGUGAACCAUGUGGUCACCACCAAAGACGACGUGUUCAGUGAUUGUUCAGAGCAGGUGAACUUCGACUCAGAAGAUUCCUCCUGUCUCCCUGAAGACCUUAGCCUUUCAAAGCAACUGAAAAUCCAGGUCAAGGAGGAGCCUGCAGAGGAGCCUGAGGAGGAGGCACCCGAGGCCAGUGCAGCCCCCAGAGAAGCAAGUUCUAGCAAGGAUGCCGCCCUGUGGCCCUGUGAGAAAUGUGGCAAGACAUUCACGGUGCACAAGCAGCUGGAGCGGCACCAGGAGCUCUUAUGUUCCGUGAAACCGUUCAUCUGUCAUGUUUGCAACAAAGCUUUCCGCACCAAUUUCCGGCUCUGGAGUCACUUCCAGUCCCACAUGUCUCAGGCUGCAGAGGACUCUGCUCGUAAGGAAUCAGAAGUGUGCCCUGUUCCCACAAACUCUCCGUCGCCACCACCUCUGCCCCCGCCCCCGCCGCUGCCCAAGAUCCAGCCCCUGGAGCCCGACAGCCCGACCGAUGUGUCUGAAAACCUGGCUCCCGCUGCAGAGAAAUUGUUUGUGCCCCAGGAGUCAGACACCCUUUUCUACCACGCCCCUCCCCUUUCCGCAAUCACAUUUAAGAGACAGUUCAUGUGUAAACUCUGCCAUAGGACAUUUAAGACGGCGUUUAGUCUUUGGAGUCACGAGCAAACCCACAAUUAAAAGACCACCACCCCUCUCCACCUGUAAUGAAAUGGGAGACAGUCUCCAGAUUUCAACCUAAAUUGUGAAAUGUGUCAUAAGAAACAAUAUUUUUUAACAGUAAUAAAGGGUGGAAAUUGUCAUGCUUGAAUAUGAGCUUGAGGUAAACUGAUAUUAAUUAGUAUAUCCUUAUUCAACUUAGAAAAACUCUAAAAAAUAUUGUGCUUCUCUGGACCUUACAGUCACAGGAUGACUCGACUUCAUUCCCCUUGAAAUUUGGUUGACCUUGGUGGUCUGCAUGGUUCCUCACCCCAUGGUGGCAGUGUGAUCUUUUACUUGAGGUUGUUUUGUUUUUUUUGCUAAUUUGCAAUUAGCGAAAUGCUAUUAAAGUAUUUCUUCUUUUGAUUGUAUCAGGCACCCACGUUCUAGUUAAAUCUUAGCCAUGUUCUUCAGUCCAAAAUGUAUCAGGAAGAAGUGGAGUAGUUUGCAGUAUUGAUUUAGAGUUUAGAAUAUUUUAGCAAUAAAAAAAUGACAAACCUCAACUUUCAUAAGUUAUCCUAACACUUGAGAAAAAUAAAUAUUUGGUAUUUUGUGGUCAUGUAGAACUUUUUUUUUGUAUGAAAAUGUGAGAAAUUUAAAUCAGCAAUAGUAAUACUUAGGUUUUUUAUAAAAUAACAAAACUUGCUCUUGGGUCAUUUAAUGUAAUUAAUAAUGGAAGACUUGGGAAGUGGAAAUACUAUGAUUUCUGCAAGACCUCUAAGUCAGUUUACAAAAGCUUCAGUAGUUUUAGGCAUUGUAAUCAAAAUGGUUGCAUUAUGCUCUCUGCGUAUUACAGUUUUAAAUUCAGACCAGCAUGGAAGGACUGAAUGUUUGGUUUCCUCUGACUUAAGCUGUCACCAAUACAGUCUGAGUGUAUUUGAGACAGAAAACAAAAAUAACGUGUGGCAUUAACUUUGAAUUUAACAGCGUCCGUAUCACAGAGGUCAGGACAGAUAUUUACACAGAUCUCAAGCCCCAGGGUCAGUACAGCCACCUAAAAUUCCGAAUUACCAUUGACUUCUAGAGAUUUUAAGCUGAGGGAGAAACACCACAGUGCAGUCUCCAUGUUCUUUUCAAAAACUAUCUUACAUAUAGUAUGCGUUUCCUGCCUCUGUCUGGUGGUGAGUUCUGUUAGAAUUUGUUGGGGUUACUGCGGUAAAACGUCCAUAGUGACAUCAUUCUGCUUUAAGUCACUGCUUCAUAUUUCAUAAAUGUAUUAAAGUACCAUUAAGAGUCCUGAAUUAGUUCUGCUACUUUUUUGGGGCCCAUAGUGUUUUGGCUGCCCCCCCCCCUUUUUUUUUUUUCUAUUUUGAAGAAGUUGUAAUUAAAAGCCUUUCAGUAGGUGUUAUCCAAAUCUCAGUGGGGUGUUUCAAAAGGGAAAAUGUUUAUUUCACUUGUAAAGAGGAGGUUAGGUACAUAAAAACAGAAAUAUUAUUGAAACUACAAGAUCCUUUUAAGGUAGGUAAUAAUGGAUUAAGAUUCCAAUCUGUUUUUGUUUUUUUUUUACAAGCUAUUCUUUUAAAUAGAAACAUCAACUACUGUGACUAAGAAAUAAUUUGUUGAGUGCUUAAAGUUGUGCUCUAGCAGAAAAGAACUGGGGACUCAGCCGUCUUAUCACCCACAUUCCAUACUGACAGUAGGAGAGAUACUCUAUGGAAAAACAAACAUUUUUAUAAAGUACUAAUUGACUUUUUACAUUAUAGAAAUACAUAUGAAAUUUUGCCUUUUAUUAUUUAAGAACUAUCAAGAGUCCCAAAAUAUUUGAGUGAUUACCUGCUGUUUUGGUUCUUAAAUUUGAUGAGAAAGGAAAAUAAGUUGCAGUUACCGAUUUUUGCCAUCUUCAUUUUUUCUUGAAGAAAUCUAUGCAUUUUGAAGACAAAACUACAGCAUACGAUUUUAUGUGAAACAGGAUGGAUUAUUGUUCAUUGAAUUCAUUCCUGUGUAAUGAAUUACUCUGAACACCUUGGUGUCAGUUCCCUCAGAGUAAUCAUUUAACAGCAGUUAGAGUAUCUGUAAAAAUUCCAUGAUACACUGUAUCUUGGCAUUGUAAAUUCACUAUCCCUGGGCUUGAACCUUUAUGCUACAUUUUUGAAGGUUUUUUUUUUAUAAUGUUAAUCAGUAAAUAUUUUUGACCUAAAUAUAGUCUCUGCAUAUCUGUUGGAUUUUAAAACUUGCCCGUGUUUUGUCUUGUUAGCUCACAUUUUUGUCUAGGCAAGGAACAUAAGAUUUCAAUGAAAUUUUGAACCAAAAACAUUUAUAAUGCAGUUCUGGUUUUUCUAUUAAUUUUUAUACUGUAUCUUAUAAGCAUUAGGCUGAAAGAGUUUAUUUUGAUGGUCAAACAAAUAAAGUAUGCUUCCACUCAUAACUAUUUUCAAUGUUCAAUGUUAAGUAAAAUAAUGAGAGACAUGCAAAUUGCUUUAUUCAAUAAAUAGUUUUCUUAAGAAUGUUUAUUGCAGCCAGUAGGCAAAUACUUGGUGUAAGACAAAUUGAAACUCUUUAAAUCUUUAAAAUGUUUUUUCUGACUGUAAGUAAUUUUUUGAAAAUGUAGAAAGUUAAUUAUCUUUGUAAGUAUUCAGGAUGCCUACUUUUUUUGCAGUUGUGGAAAGAAUGUAAGAUGUUUUAAUAUAUUUGUUAAUCUAAGAGCUUGUUACUGAAUCACUUUCUUUGGGCAAGGGAGACACCGUAAAUGCAUUUUUAUCAAGAGUAAGCAAUGGAGGUAACUGCGUUUUUUCUAUAAUAAUAUUUCAAAAUGAAUAGAAUAUUCACCUGUAGAGCUAGUUGUGGUUAGUAUGCAUUUAAUUUUAUCAAGAUAUACAACUAACAGUUCAGCUGUGAUGUUACUUGGAUUUGUGUGGAGAUGUGCAUGGUUCUUGGUUUUCUUUUUGGGGAUGGAUUGUUACAGCCUUCUCUUCCUAAACAGGCCCCAGUACCCUGUACUAAAUCGGUGAUGAUCUAACCCACACCCAGCACCCAUUGGUGCUAAUGAGAGUAGAAGCUGAGACAAGAAUAAAAUGUGCCCAUUCGUGGAGGCAGGGAGUGUCCCCAGCCACUUGGACAGUCAGGGUGAGGAAGAGACAAGAAUGAACUGAUCUAAAGGCAGCCUUAGUUCCCUCAAAUUGUGUGUGUGUGUGUGUGUGUGUGUGUGUGUGUGUGUGAUGAAACCAUGAUCUAGAACUUUAGGAAGUAAUUUGAAUUUUCUUAGUACAAAAAUAAUUAGUUGUCAUGUGUAACAGGUUUCUUCAUAAAUUGCACUAACUGAUACUGGAAUAUUACAAGUUAGUAUCAGCUUCUGGUAUCUCACUGAUGCUUUUUGCAGUAAUUGUGAAAAGCAUUAUUGAUUGAAAUAAUGCUGACAACUUCUUUAACACUGGCUUUUUUAUUUUAAAAAUAGGGUUUUCUCUUGUGGCUUUAGCACUUUAAGAAGUUUGAUGUUUGCCUAAUUUGUAAUAUGCUUGUUAAGUGUUUUUCGGCAUUUUAUCCAGCACAUAGCACUUCCACAUGGCUGGGGAGAAAACCGAAUGGUCAGGGUUUAGAUUCUGGAGGAGAAAAAAUAAGUUAAUGCCGGGUCUUAAAAAUCCUCCCUUCAGUCAUGCAGGAACCAAAGUAUUCUGCAAAUCUUCACAGUAAUUAAGUCCAGUGCUCUUCAGUCAUUUACUAGUGCUGUCCAGAUUUUCCACAGUUAUCCUUGGCUAAUAAUUUUCAAAAGGUGACAUUAAUGCAACACUUUUCAAAAUUUUCAUUGAAUAAAUACUUACUGUUAAAAGAAAAACAAACAUGGUUUUAUAAUUAUUUUGUUGUCAUAUGCCUUAGAGUAAAUCAUUGUUCAAUUUUAUUUUGGAGUAAGCUGUGAGGGCUGAAAUUUCAUGUAAAAUAGAAUUUCUAUCUAAUGUUAAUCCAUUGCUUAUUUGUACGCAGGCAUUAUCUGUUCAUUUGGCUUAAAUCUUGACUAAGAAUGAUUGGAGUCAAUAAAUUUGUACUGUAUUUUGUUUUGAG